AUGACAUUCACAUAUCGUUCGGGAGAGUCCGUCACAGAGAAGGAUGGAAUACUCUAUCAUCCCAUACUUCUGCUGAGUCUUAUUUCCAUCUCGACAGCACUGCUUUAUACACUCUGUCUGGUCACAUAUAGGCUUUACUUCCAUCCACUCGCAAAGUACCCCGGUCCAUUCUGGGCGAGGGUCACGAAUUGGUAUUCGGUCUAUCAUGCUGCUAUCGGCGACAGACACCUGCAGAUCUACUGGGCGCACCAGAAGUAUGGCAAGUUUGUCCGUGUUGCGCCCAACCUCGUGACAAUCAACGACUCGGCCGCUAUCAAAGACAUCUACGGCGUGAACCAGAACGUGCGCAAAUCCAUCUUCUACGAAGCGUCGAUCGCACACAAUGGCUUCCAGAACAUGUUCUCCUCCCGCGACCGCGAGAUCCACGCCCGCAAGCGCCGCAUCCUCGCCCCAGCAUUCACCGAGGCGAACCUGUCCUCCAUGGAACAAUACAUUCUCCCGCACAUUGACGAAUUCUUCCGUGCGGCGUCGGGCGAAGAGCACUGCUCGGCACUGCGAGAAUGCUGGACCGCGGACCUGGGGAAAUGGGGCAACUACCUGACCUUCGAUGUCAUGGGCGAUCUAGUGUUUGGCAAGGACUUUGGGAUGCUCAGGGGAGACGAAAGUCGCCAGCUCCCCGAUGUCAUUGACGCGGCCGUACAUCAGCAGCUUCUCAAUGGAUGCAGUCACUUCAUGCUCAGGUGGAACCUUGACAAAAUCCUCUUCCCAGACAUCGUCCGCCGCGGCCGGCAGUUGCUCGUGUACGCGAAGAAGCAGGUCCAGCUGCGCAUGAACGCCGACCAGAGCCGCAAGGAUUUCUUCUCGUACAUUGCCAGCGCCGAGAACAAGGACGGCACCAAAGCCUACGCCAAUUCCAAGGAGGUGUUUGCCGAAGCGAGGGGUCUUAUUCUUGGAGGCUCCGAUACAACAGCCACACAGCUGGCGGCGAAUUUCUUCUAUCUGACGCACAACCCACACGCGCUGAAGCGUCUGACGGAGGAGAUCCGCACGACCUUCACGUGCGUCGAUGAGGUCCGCCUCGGCAAGACGCUCGACAGCUGCGCCUACCUCCACGCGGUCAUCAACGAGACGAUCCGUCUGAGCCCGAGCCUCCCCGGCGUGCUGCCCCGGGAGGUGCUGACGGGCGGCCUCAGCGCGGCGGGCGAACACUUCCCCGCGGGCGUCGAGCUCUCGGUCCCCGUCUACGCGGUGCACCAUCUCCGAGACGUCUUCUUCGACCCGCACACGUUCGUCCCCGAGCGGUGGCUGCCCGAACACACGAGUGUCGACGCCGUCAAGCGGUGCCACGACGCCCUGACCCCGUUCUCGUACGGCUCGAGACAGUGCAUCGGCAGGCGGUUGGCGGUCAUGGAGCUGUGUCUGGUCAUUGCCCGCGCGGUCUGGAUGUACGACCUCGAGUACGUGGCUGGUGGGAAGGAAGAUCGGUUCAAUAAGAAUCCCGAAGUCGUGGAGUAUAAAUUGCUAGACCAUCUCGCGGCAGGGAGGUCGGGUCCGGUCAUAAGAUUCACGAGCAGGAAGUGA